GUGUUGUUUGUAUCUUUCAUGCCUUUCGACUAUAUCGAUGCCUUGUCAUCGUCAUUGCUGUCGAUUAACGUCACGCUUCGUUCACUGUCAUCUAGUUCUAUCCCAAGGCCCCUUAAGGGUGAGGCAGGAACGAAGGAGGCGAGAACAGUGAAAUAGCGAGCAAGUGGGAAGAGCCAUAUGAGGCACUAUUCUAACCCAGGACCAGGUAGGCAAGCCCUCUGUCUCUCCAUCCAAAGAUACCAGGUCCAAGCCAAGCACAUUCAGAAACACAGGGACAACAAGCUCGUGAUGCCGUCACAUACAGACACCACCACCACCACCACCACCACCACCACCACCGCCACCAAGGCUCGCACAGCAUCACACAAGCACCAAAGCCACUCUCGGCACAUCACGUUCAAAUAUAUACAAGCAUUGCAACAAACAUCAAGAAGCGAGCGCUCGCGCUCGCGCUGGAGUAGUACGUACCUAGUAACUAGUUACCCAGUUCCCGCCCUCGACCUCUGCGCCGGAAAAUACCCAUCCGUCAUGUCUGUCAUAGCAAGACCGCUGCCUGUCUCCACUGCGCCAGCUCCGGCUGGCCUUAGCCGACAGUAGUAGUAGUAGCAGCUAGCAGUCCAAUUGACCGACUUGUUUAAACCCAUGGUAUCAUUUCAAAGGCCCAAUCCAUCGAAUAUUAGCGUUC